UUAUCCAGCCUGCCAGACGCGCUGGAUGCUGCGCGGUGCUGACACAGCGGAGCACCGAGAGCAGAGGCGCCCAGCCCGGAUCCGGAGCCCGGAUUACAGUCGUGGUACAGCGGCGAAUACCUUCGCUCCAGCGGCACACGCUGCAAACCUCCGCACCGGGUCGAUCAACGGGAAUAGCCGCGCACAGAGGCCACCGGAGAAGAGGAGGUUCCCUGAGACGUUGGGAAGUUUGUACGCCGAGUUGCAGGAGUUGUUGGCGGACUGAAGCUAGCCCCUGUGCCCGCUGCGCCUCCCUCCUGCCCCGGCCAGCCCGCAGCGAGUUAGCCCGCUGUCCUCCGAUCCCUGCUCCAUCCAGCCGCGGGGGGAAUCAUGGCGCUCAGAGCCCGGGCGCUGUACGACUUCCACUCGGAGAACCCGGGCGAGGUGUCGGUGAAGGAGAACGAGAUCGUCACCCUGUACAGCGAGCAGGACAUCGAGGGCUGGCUCGAGGGGGUGAACAGCAAGGGGGAGAGGGGACUGUUCCCCGCGUCCUACGUGGAGCUCAUGAGCAGCGACGCCGCCUCCACGUCCAACAACAACAUCUGCAGCACAUCUGGGGACACUAACCCGGACUCCAGAUACGCCAACAUCCCGCCCGGAGGCUUCGACGGCUCUGUGAGUCCUCCGAAUAAAACCGAGAACUUUUCCAAACCGUCUCCUCCAGGUUUAACCACAUUCCCCACAGCUCCUCCGCCGCAGCAGCAGCAGCCUCCACAGCAGCAGCACCUCUAUCAGUCCCCAAGCCAAGUGAGCGACGAUGACUGGGAUGAUGACUGGGAUGACAGCUCCACUGUGGCGGAUGAACCGGGCACUGUGGGAGGACGGUAUCGUGACUUUGAAGGCAACGGGCCGUCCACCUACAGAGUGUCCACAUCCUCCACGUCCAGAGGCAAUGCGCAGCAGGCCAAGAGCUCAGCCACCGUCAGCAGGAACCUGAACAGGUUCUCCACCUUCGUCAAGUCUGGAGGUGAGGCCUUUGUGCUGGGAGAGGCGUCAGGCUUCGUGAAGGAUGGGGAUAAGCUCUGUGUGGUUAUGGGUCAGUAUGGUCCAGAGUGGCAGGAGAACCCGUAUCCCUUCGGUUGCACAAUCGACGACCCCACCAAACAGACCAAGUUCAAGGGGAUGAAAAGCUACAUCUCCUACAAGCUGACCCCCAGCCACACGCAGAACCAGGUGAACAGGAGGUACAAGCACUUCGACUGGCUGUACGCCCGCCUGGUGGAGAAGUUCCCCGUCAUCUCAGUGCCACACAUCCCCGAGAAGCAGGCCACAGGUCGCUUCGAGGAGGACUUUAUCUCCAAGAGGAGGAAAGGCCUCAUGUGGUGGAUGAACCACAUGACCAGCCACCCGGUCCUGGCCAAGUGUGAUGUCUUCCAGCACUUCCUCACCUGCAGCAGCACGGACGAGAAGGCCUGGAAGCAGGGGAAGAGGAAGGCCGAGAAGGACGAGAUGGUGGGGGCCAACUUCUUCCUCACCAUCAGCACGCCAGCGGCUCCGCUCGACUUCCAGGAGGUCGAGAGCAAAAUAGACGGAUUCAAGACGUUCACCAAGAGGAUGGACGACAGCACCCUGCAGCUCAAUGCCACCAUCAACGAGUUCGCCCGCAAGCAGAUCACCGGCUUCAAGAAGGAGUAUCAGAAAGUGGGGAUGUCGUUCAAGUUCCUCAGCCAGGCUUUUGAAAUAGACCAGCAGACGUACUCAGCAGGACUGAACCAGGCCAUCUCCUUCACCGGAGACACGUAUGAAGCCAUCGGAGAGUAUUUUGCCGAGCAGCCCAGAAAGGAUCUUGACCCUAUCAUGGAUUUGUUUGCUCUUUACCAGGGACACUUGGCAAACUACCCAGACAUCAUCCAUGUCCAGAAAGGAGCCCUGACGAAGGUGAAAGAAAGCCAGAAGCAUGUGGAGGAGGGUAAGAUGGACCUGGCACAGGCGGAAGGCAUCAACGAGCGCUGCAACAUCAUCUCCUGCGCCACGCUGGCUGAGAUCCAGCACUUCCACCAGAUCCGUGUGCGUGACUUCAGGGCCCAGAUGCAGCACUACUUACAGCAACAGAUCUCGUUCUUUCAAAAAAUCACAGGCAAGCUAGAGGAGGCUCUGCAGAAAUAUGACAACGCCUAACGGAUUACUGGUCCCAGCCUGUCGGUUAAGACCUCGGUGACCUAUGGCCACGCACAUCUCUCUAAGUCAGCCAGUGGAGCCUGCACCACACUGCUGCUCGGUGAACCGCCGUUCACCGAGCAGGGAGGGACGUUCCAGGAGAUGAUUCUCCAGUUAAAAAGAAAAUUCAACCCAAUUCAGGUUCCUGUGUGUGUUGGCCACAUCGUUUGGGGACUGGACGUCCUUAUUUGAGAGAGCAAGUGUAAUUUGAUGAAGUUAAGCCUUAAGAUGUCAUGGGUCAGUGAUAACGAUGGAUCACCAGUUGGGCCAGUGUGUCGGUGAAUGAAAUCUAAAUUAAUGUCAUGACUUACAGAGCGAGUCUCAAGAACGAGGGAGGAGCCUUGAAUCCACUGCUGAAUACCAGAUGAAGGAUUUCUUAUAUCAAGCCUUAAAACGCUGAUCUGAACGGACGGUUUUUAAGUGACUGCCACUCCGGGAGUGGCGAUGUGCCACUGGCUGACACUCUGCCUACUGGAAACCAUCAGCCCCUUCCCCAGUAUCCCUCUCCUCAGACAAACAGGACUGAGUGUUUACGGUCUCCUCACCGAGCAGCCGCUGUCUCCACUGUCUCGCUGUGCCUUCUGACUGCAUCUCUCUGGUCAUUUUUGUUACUAGCUCCUAAAAAGAGCUGUAUAUAAUCUAUAUGUUGAGAUAUAUUCUAUUUGUUUGUACAAAUCUACAAAUUUGGCAGUCUUCACAAAAGAUCACUGUGCUUUGAAUGGGGGGGGGGGGUCUUUUAUGGGCGAUAAUAUUGUUCAGCUUCUUUUUUUUUGCCUCAGUGGCUCAAGAAUUGAUUCAGCAACUCUCACAGUGUGACAGAAUCUGGAUCAAGAGAGGAUUACCUGCGUUGACAAUAGGAACCGAUGCCUUACAACCGGCACAGCCAGCACUGGUGCUGAUACGCAAGCUUGCCGAUGUUAAAGAACGAGUACGAUGGACACACAAAAUGACGGAUAUGUGAAUUUGUGUUUACUAAAUGUGGGUUUUCCUGGUUUAGUUUUUUGAGAUGGUAUCCGAAGGCAGGCUGUUAGAGGGUAGCGGGUUCCUGCACUGUUUUAAUAAUGGAGUCAUUUUAAAAUCACACAUGUUCAAGCUCGACAGUCCUGCUGUUUUUAACCUUUGUGAUGCUGGCUGCACCACGAAGAGAUUAAUGUUGAAGCAGAGUUGCAAAAUAAACUUCUCCUUCUCAGAAAGCUG